CUUUCCUGUCCUUGGGUCCCGGCAAGCGACUUCACAUCCCUCUACCCAUUCCUUAAGCCCUCGAUCAUUUUCUCCCUCUUCCGACCGCACGAUCGCGACGUUCCUUCCCUCCCUUGGAACCAACUACAGGCUGUUUCUUUCAACGCCAACAUGUCGUUCCACCCUCAAACUCCUCAGAGUCCCUCACAGUUGUCACCCGGCACCUCCGAUCUUGCCUCGAGCAUGAAUUCCACUCUGACUUCCAUCACCACCAAUCUUCCGACUCCCGCUCAUAGCGUAAACGGCAGCACGACUCAUCCUUCCGAUAUGUCGCAAGACUUCGCCAUGGGCGAAGAUACGCCCCAUAAGCGCAAGCGUUCGAUCGACGAUGUUGGAGAUAGGGAGCAUAAGAAGGCCCAUAUCGAGGACAGCAGAAUCGGUAUUGAAGACAUCCAUCUGGAUGUCGGCGAAAAAUACCUACUUUGCCAGACUCAACAUCGCCGCCAGAGAUUUCCCCAGAUCACUGAGGAUCUUUUUGAGAUGUUCGACUUGACAGGUAUUGCCGCCGAAGUGGCACGAGAGAAGCCCGAUGGAGAGAAGAACGCUUUGCGAAAGACAUACAAGGGUCACAUGAAGCGCCUGGGCGUCAUGGGCAGGUUUGAUUCCGUCAAGCAACCGUGGGAAGACCCCAAACAGGACGUCGACGAGAGCUCUGAGCAGGACGAUGCGUUCGACUCGAAUGGCCAGAAGAAGGAGAAGAGCAAAAAGGAAGAGUACUUCGGAUUCGGAAAGAUUGCAACGAUUCACGACGCGGAGUUCUGGCACGGCCGGAGCCAUCUCACGGCGGGGUUGACGCCGAGUGUCAAGGCCAGUCUUAACAGGGCCGUCGCCAUGGCCAAGGGACCCAUCCCCGCUAAGCAGUGGGAUACUACCGUCCUCGGUGACAUUGCUGCUCCUGCGGAUCCGACGAAAAAUGCCUUCGGAAAGGCUACCGCUCCGGGCACGCCGAUUGGCACUCCUGGGCUGACAGCUGCCAAACCGCAGCAGCAACCCCAGGGCGUCCCUCGUCCCCAGCGGAAUACCAAGAAGAGGGGGUAUGGGGACAGCUCUUUCGAGGGAUAUGGCGAAGGCUUCCCCGAUGACGGCUACUUGACUGGAGACGGCGAUGAUCGGGGAGGCCAGAAACGCCAAAAGAAGAGCGCUGGCACUCCGCAAUUCCCGCAGAACGGAACGCCGCGGCAAGCCUACGGUUCGGGAAUAGGGGUAUAGGGUGACCCAGCUAGUCCCCAGACCGCCGGCAUUGCCUUCAGCG